AUGAGGAUUCCGAAGGAUGUAGUAGAAGAGGUGAACAGAACUGGAGCUGGACAUGGGAAGGGUGGGGUGGAGGUAGAUGAGGAUGAAAGAACAGGAAAAGGAGGAAGUGCGGUCUCUCCCCUUUCUCCUGUUGCCGCUGCCAUCACGGACACCCGCCGCGUGCAGUCAAUCAAGCUGGCUCGGGUCACCAAGGUUCUGGGCAGGACCGGUUCUCAGGGCCAGUGCACCCAGGUGCGCGUGGAGUUCAUGGUCAACACGAGCCGGUCCAUCAUCCGCAACGGGAAAGGCCCCGUGCGGGAGACGGACGUGCUCACCCUGCUGGAGUCGGAACGUGAGGCCCAAAGGCUGCGGUGA